UUGCAAAAAUGAUGAUAUUACACUAUUAAAACUUAAUUUACAACUUGACGCUGUAAUAAUCAUCAAAUCAUCCUAUACGGAUCUUGAGCAGGUCAGAUCGUGGUGGUAACUUUUUAAAUUUUUUCUCUAUGAUAUUGCUUUCAAUCACCAGAUGGCGGGUCAUACUACUGGUGAAAGCCGAAAGCAUCUCAACCUGUUGCUGUUUACGGAAGCUGUUUAUCUGCUCCGCAGUCACUCAGGACGACAACAGGAAACAUGAGGCUGCCGCCGCUGUCUGGGGGGCUGGCCUCGCGGUAAUGACUGGAGUCAGGUAACCACUGGACAAACCGACUCCCCCCCCCCCCUCACUGUCGGGUUCAGUCACGAAAGGAGGCGUUGAGCGCGGAUUCUGCGAUGCCGCGACCCUGACUCUGAAAUAAACUUCAGAGACCUCUAAAAGUUUCGGGACAUUUUACGACGCGUCGACCGGCGCUCGCGGGACUAGCCUCGCGCUUUCGGAGCCCGCCAGGCACCGCGGAGGCUACUCAGGUGUUCAGCCACACGAGGAAGGAGUUUGCGUCGAAUUUAGCUCUUCUUGUCGCACAAUUCACAGAACUGGUAGGAGGAAUUCUCCCUCUUUUUUCUUUUUUUUUUCGCUAUUUUGUCGUGUGUCCAGUAUCUCCACUGUUCUACUUGGUUUCGUUUUCCUUCUUCAGUUUAUUGGACCUAGACUCCCAAGUGGCCAAGUCUGAACAGGCUGCUAUUCUAGGCGCUCUCCUGGAGCCAUGAUGAGACACAAGCCUCCACUCCCUACGGAGGCUUAUACUGUGCCAGGAUGGAUGAGGCAGAGAAGUACAAACAGCGCCUGGAGGCCAUUGCUGAGAAGCGUCGGCAGCAGGAUGAGCAGGACAGAGCCAGGAGAGAGAUGGAGGAUGAGAAACUCAGACUACAGCAGCUCAAGAGGAAGUCGCUAAGGGACCAGUGGUUGAUGGAAGGAGCUCCCUUGUCCCCGGCCUUCCCAGACGCCCAGAGCCCUUGCUCCCAUCUGAGGGACUCCCAGGCCGAGGAAAUUGAAAAGCACAUUGACAAGUUGCAGUCAGAGAGUCAGCGGUUGGCAGAGGAGAAAGAGAAGGAACAGAUGGAGGAUGGCCAAAUGCAGGAGGCAGUGAAAGUGUCAGAGGCUGGAGCAGAAAUGGUCCAAGAUGUUGUUGUGCAGAACGGAGAAAAUAAUGCAACAGCAUCAGAAACAACUGAAGAUGAAGUGAAAACAAACAAAAGCCCACUACUGGAUGAAACUGCAGUUGUCUUAACCAAUGGUGGAGGAGACUUGGACGCAGAAACCAGUCACAAGGCUUCAGAGCAGGGUAUUCAGUCUAAUAGCAACGGACCCAUCAGCGUUACUGAAGGUGUUGUUAACAUGAAGUUGGAACCUGGGUUGAGCCUUGGUGUUUCUGGGGCAGAGUCUGAUCGUGUUCAAGAUGUCAACAUUAAUGAGGAGGAAGAAGAAGGAACUCUGGUGAUAAGAGCAGAAUGUGUGAUCAUCACAGAUGAAGGGGAUUAUGUACCACAGGAUCUUAGACCACAGGAAGAUCAGCAGGAGGCCAUGCAGUCAGAGGAAACCCCUCUGCCAAAUCAAGAAGCAGGCAAUGAGAGAGGGGGGGCUGUGGAGGAGGUAAUAAAAACAGAAGCAGCUCUAAAAUCUUUCACACAACCAGAGAAGAGUGAGGAAACUGAACCCACUGCAGAGGCACAACCAGCGACUGGAGAUGGAAACGUGGAAGGUGACGUAAAGACAAACGAAAAUGGAGAUGGAGAGACAAAAGCUGAAGGACAGGACAAAAAAUCUGAAGAUCGAACCUCGGUGCAAUUGCAGUCCCCAGCUGCUGUUCUAGAGGGCACUACAGUGCCUUCAGUGCCAGUCUACUCUGAGGCACAACCCUCCACUCUCACCCCCAAGGCUGAGGGUGAAGCUGCAAUGUCACCAGGGGGGGCUGAGGCAGCAUUAAAAGCACAAGAUCGUUCCACCAUGCCUGGUCAGUUUCAGGAGGUGCCCCUGGCUGAUCCCCAAGAAAACCAGAGGACAGAGGUUGGGCUGGGGGAGCAGGAACCCCUUCUGUCACAGGCCAAAGCCCCCAACGCUCAAGCAAAGCCAGCAGCUACUAACAGCCCAGCAAACAAAGAGACACACAGCCCAACCAGAGGUAGCCAGGGAGAGGAGACUGAAGCACCCAAAGGCAGAGCAUGCCAGUGCUGCUCUGUCAUGUAAAUGCCCUUUCUGUUCAUUCAUUUCCUUUCCUCCUUCAGUCUGCCAGUAUCCUUCAGUCUCUCUCUCUGCCUUUGAAUUCAUAACACACUCCUUCCCCAAUCUCUUUUUUUUUUUAUGCACCCAUCCUUUUUUGAAUCAGUAUGUCCACAAGCUACUUACCUUCCUUCCACUACCCUCUGUCAACAUUCCAUGUAUUUUUCUUGAAACUUCUUCAUCCCACUCUUGAGCCUUGAUACUCCAAGAGGAAGUAAGCUCUCUCCAACAUGAAGAGAGGGGAGGUAUGGCCCGGGGAGGUAUGUUUAAGUGCCUUGAGGAGCUUGCUACCCGGGACCAACCUUUUAAAUUCUUGUCACACAAAGUUUGAGUUUGAUUUAAUUUUCUUGGUAAGCAGAUUAGCCAGCCAAGCUACAUAGAACUGUAAAAGCCACAAUUUUGCUGUUAAGCAAAAACAGACUUAAAAUGUAUUAUUUUAAAUAGUUUUAUCUACAUGUGUAAUACAUCAGAUAUUUUUCAUAAUCUAAAUAUGAGAUGAAACUGGAAAAGUCCUACGAUCCCAAGAGGUUCAGAGAGGAUAUUGUUCUAAUUUAAUGACUUUAAAGCUGAAUUAUUUUGAUUUUACUCUUUUAUUAGAGAGAUUUUAAUCCAACUAUAGGGCCUGAACAUUAUAAUACAGGUUUUGGCAGUAUACGGACUAUUAGUAUGAAAGCAGUAGCAUGCACCAGUGAAUAUUUUGUGGGCCACUGUCAAGUUUAAAAGAGAAAUUAUUUUAAAUUACCUGAAAGUAUGAAUUUUUUAUUUUUACCAAACGCUUUUGAAUAGGGGUCCAGCACUCCUGACACAGCUCUGUGCGUGGAUGUAUAUACUGUAUACGGAGAGCAUGUGGAAAUUAAAGAGUGUCUGAGAUGUUUUGAAACAUAGUUUUGAAAUGAUUGAUGGAUGGUUUAAUGAUUAAACUUACAUUUGUCAUUGAACAUUUGACAUACUGGAUGUUCAUCUAGCCUUUCUGUUCCUCAAACAGUGGCUCUGUCCCAAAACCAAAACAUUGCUUCAUGCAGAAGAAACACACUGGAUAAUGUUUAACCAUUUGUUUCAUAAUGCUGUUUAUUUCUUAGUUCAGGGUUAUGAAUUAAUCAGAAAGUUCUCAGAGCAGAUUCAAGCCAAAGACCAUAGUUCUUCGUGGUUUAUUAUAUACACGGUCCAUGUAAGACACCACGUAGAGAAAGAACAGUGAAUUAAAUGAUCCCACCAUCAGUGUUCCAAACAAAAAACUGAAAGCAAGUGCACUCUGAACAAACUGUGUAAAAGCUUUUAAAAGUGAAUCAUUUGUAUACAUUACAGCAGUAUUGUGAUGAUUUGUGAACAUUCAACUUUAAUUGCGGUAAAUGUUCCCCUGAAGGGAAGAAGGGAAUGAACAAGAAUCCAUGAGAGAUUCUGCAGACAGAGCAGGAUCACAGAGACUGAGCUCAGGAGACAAUGUGCCUGAUGUUCCUUGCAACGUACUUCAAAAAUCCUCCACUUAUGCAAGUGUAUAUGGAGCUUGUCGAAGCAGUAUGAGGUCCCAGCAGUGUCUCUGCCAGCUCUUUUGGUAGUUCUAUGGCUAACAGCAGGGUCCUCUCAAGGGCCAGACCAGAACUUGAGUCCUUGGGGAAAAGGAUGCAGCAGUGUGUCCUGUAACCCUGAAGUCCUACUGAGCAGAGAACUCGCAGAGGGUCUUGUCCAACAACAGUGGGAUUUCAGAGAAUCAUCACAUGUGGAGCCAUUACCUCUCUAAAAUGGUUCUAUUUACGGUUAGAUGCAUAGUUGCAUAUUGCCGUGUGCUGUACAGACCCACCUCACAGUUUAUUUGUGUACAGAUAAUCUUGAUACAUUAGACAACUUGAGCUUGAUAUGCAGGUUCAGUAGCUUUUUUUCUUCGGUUUUGAAAAUUCUUUUCUUGGUGCAAUUUCAUCAUCAAUGAAGCAGCCACUAAAGUAAAAAUGUGUGCGUAAGACAAAAAUAUUUGCGAAUGACAGAUUUGUACAAAAAUUCUUUAUUUAAUGUUUUGAUUAUCAGUAAUUGAAGGCUUUUUAAAAAGGUUAUAUGCAUAUUAGCGUAAUAUAGCAUUUCUGCUGCACACGGUAGUGCGAAAAGCUACCAAAAACAAUCAUAAAGGUCAUACCCUGCAGGGUGGUAUUCACUCUUAAUCUCUUUGUUCAACCAAGCAGUGAAAUACUAAUGGUAUCUAUACUGACUCUCAGUUUAACUGUUUAUAUAUAGGUUUCUAAAGUGUGUCUAAUUACAAGCAUAAAGCAAUGGAUCUAAAGGAAAAGAUUGUGUGCACUGUUGCAACAGUGAUACUGAUGUUUUGGCUGUUGGCAAAAGCUGGUGAUUAACAUUGGCUUAAAUCCCAGAUUCACUGAAUUAUUCCACUAAAAACUGACCAUUCCCAGAAAUUGUCCUUUGCUGUAUCAACAUUGCAAAAACAAAGUUGGGUAUUGUGAAACUGGAACUUUCUAAUCCAAAUUUUUCACUGUGAAACCAAAUAAUUUGAGUUGAAAACUGCAGUGCAAGUUAGACUAGGUAGAAAUAUUCUAAAUGAAUUCAAGUGAGUGCAUCACGGUUUAUAGUGAUUUCAACAAAUACAGCACACACACAAGAUACUGAAGUUGUAGCUCUCAAGGGUUUUAUUGCCUGCUGUUUACAAUAUCAGAGUUACAGUGAACUCAUUACAAUAUUACAAGGAAGAGAGUACACACAAAAUUUCACAGAGCAUAGAUCCUCAUAGUCAUAGUCAGAGCAGAGUACGCUCUUAGUAUUGUGAAAUUGGACUUCUCUGAUACUAUAAAACGAGAAGAGCCCCUAUGCUUGCACCACUUUCAGACACUGCAGUGUAUCUGAGUCUAGAUGUACAGUCAUAUGAUUUCAACAUUCGGAAACAUGUCUGCUGUUUGUGUCAUGGUUCUCCUCUGCUUGGUGUCUCUGAGCCAUUCAUUUCCUCUGACCUGUGACAACUUGGUCCAGCCUGUGGAUCAAUUGGAUCCUCGUAAUUUGGAGGGAAGAUGGGCUUUAGUUGCAGGCAGUCUGAAAAUCAAUCAGGCUGAAAUGCCUCCAAAAAUAAGUGAUAGCACAAGAAUUGAUUUCUACAACUCAACCUACAUCCAAGCCUCUCUUUUUGGUAACAUGUGCAAUUACCAUUCGCAGGACAUCUCAUUAGAGGGCCACAGCUUUAACUUUAGCAUUGGACAGAGCUUUAACUUCAGUGGGACCUUCUUCAAAACCUCCUGUCCAGAUUGUGUGGUGUUGAGCUUGGUCGUGGACUCACCAAAUUAUAAGACAGUGGAAUUGUACCUCUUCAGCAAAAGGAGGGAGGUGGACCAGAAGCAGCUGGAGGAGUUCAUCACUCUAGUGGAGUGUCUGAAAAUGCCUAAACAUUUUUUGAUGGAUCCUACCAAGGGGCUUUGUCCAGGCCAGACCGCUGCUGCAGCUCAGACUGAGUAGUAAACGAAGUCUUAGACUGUGGUACAUGAUAUCUGUUCAAAGUAUGAAGAAAAUGUGUGUUGAUAAAGAAAACACAAGAUGUUUUGAGUCUUAUCCUUCCUGCUGUACGUGGUAAUCAAGAUAACCCAAUAAAAAAUGUUUUAAAAAUUAGUGAGUAAUGACUCAUUUGAAUUGUAUUUAAAUCAUCUGGAGUGACCAUAAGGCACUCAGAUUUUACUUGCAACAGUACAACAGUAGAUUUGUAUUUAUGGUACAGUGUUAGGUUUCAGGUUUACAGACACAGAUGAAAAAGACCAUCUAGAAUGUGUAAAAGAGGCUAGUUUGGAAAGGGAGCAGAAGUUCUGCUUUUGCAUUUUGAUUUUGCUUUGUUUGUUAGCAAUAAUACACCAUGGGAAAACAGUAACACUCACCAGUUUGUUAUUCUAGUAACUUAAGCACAUUUGCUAUCUCUACACUUUGGCUCUGGUGUCCCUCAACACCAUCUUUUCCUUGAAGACAGUGCAGAUUAGGGGGAAGCAGGAUAGGUUAAGGGCAUCAAUUGACCUCUCAAAUAUACAUUUAAUACUUUGAAAAUAAUCAUGAAAAUAUACUUUGUGAAACCACCAGUCACCUCAGAUGUCAACAAAUGAAAGCUUUUAGGGAUAAAACAGGAUGAAAAAAGAUUUUAAAAAAUGAAUUCGGAAACCUUGAUGAAUUCACUUCAUCUUAACAAUAAAUUAUCUAAAAUAACAUAAAAAAAUUAAGGUGUAUAUAACAACUACAACAACAAUUGUUAAAGAUUAAUACCUAGUAAAAUAUAAGUAUUCCAGUAAAAACACAAAAAGUAAAACUGGGGUUUUUUUGUUUGUUUGUUUUUAAUGUGUCAAUAUGUGACUAACCAUGACCCUACAUCAUUACCAAAGGUUAGAGAGCACCAGUGUAAACAAUAAGUAAUAUUGCAAAACUGAAGGUUUUCUGAUUCAGCUAUAAAACCAGGAUGCAUCUUUACUUCAAACACUGUCAGCUGGACCCUUCCAUGCAACUGAGAAUUGAUAUAAAUAUCCAAACAACGAGACAACACACAUACACAGACAUGUUUGCUGUAUUUGCCGCUGUUCUCUGCUUGGUUUCUGUGAGCCAUUCAGCUCCUCUGACUUGUAAAAACGUGAUCCGGCAUUUAGACCAUCUGGAUCCUCAUGAGUUGGAGGGAAGAUGGGUCAUAGUUGCAGGCAGUCUGAAUGAGUCAUUCGCUGAAGAUAUCGUAAAAAAAAGAGAGGGUAUAACUAUUGAUUUCUACAACUCCACAGUCACUGAAGCCUUCCAUUUAAGUGACCAGUGUGAGUAUUAUCUCUUCCAAAUCUCAAUUGAAGGCCUAAUCUUUCACUUAACAUCGAAGACCUUGAACUUUACUGGGACCUUCUCCCAAGUGUCCUGUUCAGACUGUUUGGUGGUAAACCUGGAGACAACAAAUUAUAAUUCACCGGAGAGGUACCUGCUCAGCAGGAGGAGGGAGGUAGAGGAGACGGCGAUGGAGGACUUCAGAGUUCAAAUGAUGUGUACGAACAUGCCUCCACCUUUUGUGAUGGACCCUACCAAGAACCUUUGUCCAGAAGCGUCUGCAGUCGUUUAAACUGCCAAGAAAACAGAGGGACAAGAAAAUUGAGAAACAAUGACAAGACAAAUAGGCAUGUGGUGUUGAUCAAUUGUACAUCAGUAUCAGUGGAUGUUUUGUGGAUAUGUUAAAUUGCCUUUCUUUUCUACUUUUCCAAUUGUUCAUGCACAAGACCAACAUGUCACAAUCAAAAAAUGCUACAAGACUUUUUUUUUUUUAAUGAAUUUUCUCUUUUAUUUCAUUAAGCAGACCUAUCCCUAAAUGUAAUGGGAGAGAUUGUGAGAUUGUAGGAGAAAUUGUGUAUUGGAAACCAUCACACAUGUAUUUCUUACUUUUUUAGUUGAGCUGUAACUAGAAAUAAAGUAGUUUUUAAGAUGCAACUUUUUGAAAAGAGUUUCUUUUUCAUUUCAUUUGGUGAUACUUUGCUAAUUUUGACUGUCACCUAAUGUUAACCAUUGAGCUUAUUCAUCCCUCAGACAUGCUGUACAUAACAUAACUAACACAAAAGGAUAUUGCUGCAGAUAAUACAGGAUAGAUGACUAAAAAUCUUUUUGCAAAGACUUAAAUGCCCUCUGGUAUUAAAAGGCAAAGAUUUGAUCCUGGCAUGCUCAUUUAGAAGUACUGACAUUUUAAAAACUGAAGUUAAUACAAACUGUAUUGUAAUUUUGAUAAUGCCUUUGCUUGAAACUAAUAAGCUUGCAGUGAAUUUAUAGCAAAUCUAUUAAAGGUGUGGAACAGAAAGCAGGACAAUGAAGCAGACAACAGAGGUAAGGUAAAAAGGCAGUUUACUUGGUAUUGGUUUGGAAAGAAAAUUAAGAAACAGCUAAAAAAUGGGAAGCCUCCUCUACAUACAACAAUUAACAAGCAGUUACCUAAUCUCCAUGGAUUUUGGCUGAAAAUACAGCCUUCACUGAUUUUAUCACCUCUAGCUAGCUAGAGUAAGCUAAUGCUGUCAUAGGCUAAAGCUACAUGUCCCAGGCAAAAAGUAAUCUUUCACAGCUAAUGAUUCAUAGAAGACAUGGAUAUAAAGAAGCACCAUUGUUUCCCACUGUAAUGUACAGUAUUUUUUUUAUAUAAACGUACUUAAGAUGAAUUUUUGACCCUUAUGUGGUUUGGUUGCCUACUAUAGAAAAACGUGGGCAAGCAACACAAUGCUUAGAUGCAUGUUUUAAUGCUUGUAUGUUCAGGACAGAGCCACUUUUACUCUCAACUCAGACAUAUAGUAGAAUCACCUUGGCUCCCGUGUAAUCGAUGUUCCU